CAUUCCACUCGACUCGCUACUCCGCUCACGCCGCCCGCCAUGGCCAUGCAGACCCCGACUAUCCCGUCGCGCCUCGCGCAGGCCGUCAAGAUCGCGCGCACGCACGACGAGGCCCGCACCCGCGUCCUCUCGGCAUACCGGCACUGGUACAGGAGCGCGCCCGAGAUCUGCGCGUUGUACGCGCUCAACGUGAGCCCGAGCGCUAUCCGGCUCAAGAUCCGCGAGGACUUUGAGAAGGCGCGCAGCGUCCAGGACCUCAAGGUCAUCAACAUGCUGCUGCACAAGAACUGGGUCGAGUACCAGGAGACGAUGAACUGCUGGAAGCAGGAGCCCCACCUCAUGCACUGGUUCAGGCCGCUGGAGCAGCCUGCAAAGCCCGAGACUUUCAUGGACAAGUUCCUGGCAGGACGCGACGACCCCAAGCAGGUCGGCUCGUUCUAAAUCGGUUAGCAAUGCAUAGAUAUCAGCAGGAUAGUGGCGCGGCUAUGGCUACAACAGAUCGUCUUCUCCCUCACACAUCCUCCGGCCAGUCCACCUCAGCCAGCACCGCGUCGUCAAUUUCGAAGUGCUGGUCCAUUUCCACAUCGGCGUCGUCGACGCGGCCGUUCACCUGCGGCCCGAACGCGCGGUCGAUCUCGGCGCCCGCGCGCUCCGCCUCCUCCUUGUCCUGCCGCUGGCGCUCUUCGAUGUCCUCCAGCGUCCAGAGUGAGAUGCCCGUCUGUGUGUGGUCGAACGGCUGCGAGAUCUGGC